AUGUUCCAGUCUCCAGAUAUCACUCUUAUUGUAGAGUUCAUAUUUAUGUUUUAUAAGGAGAAACCUAUUGAUUGGCUCCUGGACCAUAUCCUCUGGGUGAAAGUGUGUAACCCCGAGAAAGAUGCUAAACAUUGUGAUCGACAGAAGUCUAACCUACGGAUACGUUUCAGGCCUUCUCUUUUCCAACAUGUCGGCCUCCACUCCUCUCUAGCAGGGAAGAUCCAGAAACUCACAGAUAAAGACUUCCUGAAACCAUUACUGCAUAAAAUCCACGUGAAUCCACCUGCAGAGGUUUCGACAUCUUUAAAAGUCUACCAAGGGCAUACGCUAGAAAAAACCUACGUAGGGGAAGAUUUUUUCUGGGCUGUCACACCAGUUGCUGGGGAUUAUAUUCUAUUUAAAUUUGACAAACCAGUCAAUGUAGAAAGGUACUUGUUUCACAGUGGCAAUCCAGAGCAUCCAGGAGACAUACUUCUAAACACAACUGUGGAAGUUCUGCCUUUUCAGAAUGAAGAACUGGUUUUGAGCAAAGAAACCAAAGACAAACGCUUAGAGGAUGGUUACUUCAGGAUAGGGAAAUUUGAAAAUGGUGUAGCUGAAGGAACAGUUGACCCCAGCCUAAACCCUAUUUCAUCAUUCCGGCUUUCAGUGAUACAAAAUUCAGCAGUUUGGGCAAUUCUGAAUGAGAUUCAUAUUAAAAAGAUUACAAACUGAUCAUGGAAAUCUGCUUUAGAGGAAAAAGAAAAAAAAAAUUCUUGAAAACUUUUCCUAUGAAAUCUGACAUCCUUAGCAAGUCACAAAUUGCAAAUACUGAGCAUGCACCUUAUUCCAAAAUUCUUUCAUUUUCACUUGAACUCUACCUCUUGUGAAACCUACUGUAGAUGAGAAGAUUGUAUUUAUCCCUUCUUAUCUGAUCCAUCCAGAAACUGAUGCUCCACAGUGAUAAUGUUUGUCUGAGGCCUAAGCUGUCCUCCACUUUAAUGUGACUUUACCAUCUGAUGGUUACAGAACCCUGCUACGCUUAACCUGUACUAUUUUGAUAGUAUGGUAAUAUAGAGAAGUUGUACAUAUUGUUACAUUCCUUGAAGAAGAAGAAAAAAAAUAUAAUUAUUGUUAAAUAUGUUUUAUGAAGGGGGUACUUUCGGAGUUUGAUUUAUUUUCUAUAACAAGAACCCUCUUUUAUAGACUGUCAGGGAUAUAUAUUAAAAAUGUUAGGGAUAUUUAAUUUAUUAAAAUAAUUUGAAAAGUACAUAUUUUUAUGCAGCAAAAUUUUAAAUCGAUAUAGUUUUUUUUAUGAAUUAUCUAGUUUAAGUUAUCUUUCUACAUUUUUCUUUGGAGAUGCAAACAUAAAUUAAUACCAUAUUUCAAAUAUACUGCCAUGUUAAAAAAAAAAUAGAUUAAGUUUCUAAAUUCUGUAGUUUUGUACACAGAAUCUGAAUGAUGUUCAGAGGCAUUAACAGAGUUCUGAAGAGCAUUGUUCUUUGGGGCUAUGAAAUUCCGCUAUGUACAGUUUGUAGCCACGUGAAAAGCACGCUGAAAUGUCUUGUUUCAUACUAUGUACUAAAUCUGCGGUGAUUUUUAGAUUGAAUCCAUUGCAUUUUAGAAGAAUUUUUUUUAUUCCAAACAGUUCUUUCUAAAAA